CCCAUUAAACCCUUUAGCCUUAAUUUCUGAAAGAGAAAAGGCAUGGCAAUUUGCUCAACAGCGCCCUCUUCCCUUCUAUAAAUAUGGCACUCCGAUUUCUCACCUUCUCAUUCAGUAUGAUCUCUGUCUUCUCUUUGUUCCAAUUGAUUGCUUUUGUAGCUGAAAACAUGGGGUAUUCAUUUAAGUUUCAUUGUUGCUUUGUGUGGAUCAUGGUGCUUCCGUCUACACUGUGUUACUCCCAGGACGAUUUCGUGAAGUCCAGAGCAACUUAUUAUGGCAGCCCCGACUGUUUAGGGACUCCAAGAGGAGCUUGCGGGUACGGAGAGUAUGGAAGGACUGUGAAUGAUGCGAAUGUGGCUGGGGUUUCGUACAGGCUCUACAAGAAGGGAAGUGGUUGUGGUGCUUGCUAUCAGGUUAGGUGCAAAAACCCUCAGCUCUGCACUGAUGAUGGGGUGAACAUCGUGGUGACCGACUACGGUGAAGGCGACAAAACCGAUUUCAUCCUCAGCCCUGGCGCUUACGGUAGGCUGGCGAAAUCGGACAAAGCAGACGAGCUGUACGCUUGCGGAGUCGUUGAUGUCGAAUACAAGAGAAUCCCCUGCCGCUACGGAGGUUACAAGCUGCAGUUCAAGGUUCAUGAACAUAGCAAGUACCCCGAUUACUUGGCCAUUGUGAUCUUGUACCAACCCGGGAGAAGCGAGAUCCUUGCGGCGCAAAUUUGGCAGGAGGAUUGUAAGGAGUGGAUAUUUAUGAGGAGGGCGUAUGGAGCCGUUUUCGACACGACGAGCCCACCGUCGUCGGGAUACAUCAGUUUGAGGUUCCAAGUGAGUGGCAGCGCCGGGGUGUAUUGGGUGGAGGCAUCAAACGCCCUCCCCAAUAACUGGGAAGCUGGAGUAGCUUAUGAUUCCGAUAUUCAGCUUGAAUGAAGCACCGGAAUUGUAUUUUGAGAAAAAAGAAAGCCUUCUAAAAGAUAACUAUUUUCUGCAAUUAUGGUUGUUUAAUUAGUAUUAUGUCGGUAAGUAGGAGUUUAUAAGUCAGCAAAGUGCUCAAGCAUUGUCUUGUGCUUAAUAAACAAAUACUUGGUUGUAUGUAGUUUUGCUUGAUGAUUGUGUACCAAAUCAAAGUUGCUCUAUGGACAGAUAUUUUCCUUUUUAAA